UGUCAAGUGAAUGAAAAAGGUGACGCACAUUGUGAAAUUCGAGAAUAAAGGAAUCUUCCCCACCUCGGGGGAUAAAAUUUCUCUGGCUCCCCUUGAGAAAUCCUCGAUAAUAUGACACGGAAAAAUGGGGACUUUUCUUAAGGAAAUUCCGGCCAACUUCCUAAGAAUUGUGAGGAAAACUUAGAGAUUUUACCCAGGGAUAUACCCGUGAACUCCCCUGAAAAAGUCAGGGGUCGGAAAAACUAGGGGACUUUUCUCAAAGAAAUCUUUAGGAACUCUUCGGGAAAGAUCGGAAAAACUUGAGGAUAAUUCUCAGGAAAAUCCUUGGGAAAUCCUUAAAAAAAUCCCCACAUUGUUCAUUCCUCUUUGAUUUUUUUCCUUUAUUAUUUCUUAUCUUUAUACUUCUUUUUCUUUUAUGUCUCUUCAAUUUUUUUCACUCUUUUUUACCUUAUCAUUUUUGUUACUCAAUCGAUGACUUUUAUGUAACGUGCUCCCUCACACGACUGCUUGAAUUCCCCUAUUGAUUUAUGAAAUAUUCGAUGUUCUAUAUGAACUUUGCAACCACAAAACCAUCUCGCCCGAAGUAUAAGCUUAACUUUUACAGAAUUUCCCCCAAUAUUUCCCAUGAACUCGCCACGGAAUUUUCAUAUAUCUCCGGAAGGAAUUUUCCUCUUACCGUGAGAAUUUUCCCCUCGAUUUCCCUGGGAAAUCUUCAAGAAUGGUCUUAAUGGUUAAAUAAAAUAAUUUUUUUUUCAAAUGGAUAAAUAGUAUUUAUGGAUUACUGGCAAUUCAUUGGCAAACAGAAAAAAAAGUAUUUUUUUAUCAUUGUUUGCACCUGAUUUCUCGAAUAUAACUUAGUCAAGACUUUUUUGGCCGAUACUGUACUUCUGAAGUGCUAAAUUAAUUGUUGCACUUGUAGUUUUGGUCUCAUACAGACUUUCCAUCACAGUUUAAAUAAAUUAGAAACGAUAAUACAUUUUAUAGAGACUCUCUCAAAAACAGCUUCACUGGUCUCCUAAAAAAACCAAUAAAAAGAAAUUAUGUUGCUCAUAAAACACAGAUAAUAUCAAAAAAAAUUGUUAGUAUUCAAAAAUAUCUUCUGCUAAAAAUUCAAAAUAUAAGCAAAAUAAAAAAAUAUACGUGAAAAUAAAUUCCUAAAGACUUUAAAUUUUCUUAAUUAGAUUUUUAAUAAUAUUAAAUAAAUUAUUGAUUUAUUAAUUUGGGGGUUUAUUUAGCAAAAUAUUAAAAAUAUGUGUAAAAAUAAAUUUUUGAGUUUUUUUUUAAUUGUCCUGGUCGAAUUUUUCAUCAGAUUAAAUAAAUUAUGAAUUUCUAAGUAUGAGAAGUGCAUUGGAGUGCAAGAAGUGCUGGAAGUAUUGCAUCAUUUUCGGGAGUAUCCCGAAAUGCUGGAAGUGUAAAGGCUUUUCCAUGCAAAUUGUGGAAGUGUCGGGAAGUAGUGUACACAUUUUCACCCUAAUAUCUCCCCCUUGGGUUUUAAAGUGUUAGGAAUAAGACUAGUCAGGAUAAAUUAAAGAAAUUGUAAAGGAGGACUCACCUCAUUCUCAUUUCAAUUGGAUCACCCUGUGGCAGUUCCGAAGAUUUUUUUCAAAAUUUCUUGCGAUCCCAGCGCCUCUAUUGGUGUAGUUUCCUUCCCGGUGUCAAGUUUUUGUCCUCCUGCGGGGAUUUUCUCAGAAAAAAGUGAAUUCCAAGGAAGAAAAGCAAUGGCCAACAACAAAUUCACCGUCCUUGGAAGGUAUUUAAUCCGCUUCAGUGGCCAGCCGACAUUGACAAGGUCCCUCAAUGGGAAUUUUGUGAGAUUUGUUGGCACGACAGCCAAGAAGUCUCCCAGUACUCUCAAGCUAACCCUCAAGGGAUUGGGAUUGGGCCUGGUUUUGGGCACUGGUUAUGCUGGAUACACUUUCGUCACAGAAUCCAAACCAAAGGCUCAUCUCGUCAAUGAGAAAGAAGAGCUGUUUUUCCUGGACAAAUUUCCCAAUGUCAAAAUCACGCGGAGCAUUGUGAAUCCAAAGGACAAGAGUGGCUUGAAAAUCACUCUAUUUCAGUACCAGACCUGUCCAUUUUGCUGUAAAGUUCGGGCAUAUCUCGACUAUAGUGGCAUCUCGUACGAUAUUGUGGAAGUUGAUGCAGUUCUGAGGCAGGAUAUCAAGUGGUCACCAACCAAAAAGGUUCCUACGAUGCUAGUAAAGACGCCGGAUGGGAGAUUUCUUCAGCUUACGGACUCCAGCAUGAUUGUCUCAGUGCUGGCGAGUUUCCUGCGUGAUCCUAGUCAGAAUAUUGUUGAGCUGGCAUCUUACUAUCCCAACAUUACGUUCAUGGACGAGAAGGGAUCUAAGAAGGCAGACAUCAUGAACAAGUACUUCCUCAUGUUCAAAGAUGGAACACCCAGAUCCCUGUCCAAGGAAAUGCUGGAGGAGGAACGCAAAUGGCGCACAUGGGCAGACAGCCACCUGGUACAUUUGAUCUCUCCAAAUGUCUACCGCACGAAGGAUGAAGCUUUGGAGACGUUUGAGUGGUUUUCGGAUGUAGGCGAAUGGUCUCAGCAUUUCCCAGCCUGGGAAAGAAAUCUCAUGGUCUACGUGGGAGCUGCAGCCAUGUGGGCCAUCAGCAAGCGUCUCAAGAAGCGCCAUGAUCUCUCUGACGAUGUCCGGGGUCACAUCUACGAUGCCUUGGACAAAUGGACGGAUGCCGUGGAGAAUAAGAAGACACCUUUUCUCGGCGGAAAGAAGCCAAAUCUCGCUGAUCUAGCAGUCUUUGGAAUCCUUAGCAGCAUGGAGGGUUGCAGAGCUUUCUCAGAUUGUCUCGAAAACACUAGAAUUGCCGGCUGGUUUUAUGCAGUCAAGGAGCAAAUCCUCCGAAAUAGAGGACUUCUGCCUUAGGGAAUUCCCAAAUUUCAAGAGUAUUGUAUAUCCUUCAUCUUGUAGUACAGAACAGUUCCAGCUUCAUCGCAAAUAGCCACUGUAACACUGUAAAUGUAUUUCAAGAGACUCAUUAGAUGAAAA